AUCAAUAAAACAGCGGUCGUGAAAUUGCCAUCAAACUGGAAAUUGAUUUCGCUUUAAUUUUAAAGAUAAUCAAUUAAAAUUGAUCAAAUACAAUAGUAAUUUGCUUAUAAAUAAUCGCCAUGAGUUCAAUUCAGUGUCAACUAUGGAUGGGAAGUCUGGAAUCGUACAUGACGGAGGCCUUCAUCCUCGCGGCGUUCCGAAAGAUGGGCGAAGAUCCGUCGACGGUCAAGUUGAUGCGAAACAAGUACACCGGUGAUCCGGCCGGAUACUGCUUCGUGAGUUUCAAAACCGAUGAUGCCGCACUCGAUGCGAUGCACAAGCUUAAUGGAAAGCCCAUUCCGGGAACAAAUCCUUUGGUGCGUUUCCGACUGAACAGUGCGACGAAUAAUCAGCACCGGGCGCUGCUGGCCGACCGAGAGUUUAGCGUUUGGGUGGGUGACCUCAGCUCGGACGUGGACGAUUACAGUUUGUACCGGGUGUUCUCCACCAAGUACACGUCGAUUAAGACUGCCAAGGUGAUCCUCGAUAGCUCUGGCUUUUCAAAGGGUUAUGGAUUUGUUAAAUUUGGGCUGGAAGACGAGCAGAAGAAUGCGCUGUACGACAUGAACGGCUUCAUCGGGUUGGGCAGCAAACCUUUGAAGAUUUGUAACGCAGUUCCAAAGCCGAAAUCAGAACUUGGACCAGGAUCGGGAACUUCAACGCCGAGCGCCGCCAAUCUGCUGGGAUACGGAACGGCGGCCGCGACCGACUAUUCCCAGUACUACGAUCCGACUGCGUACUGGCAGAGUUACGCUUGGCAGGGUUAUUACGACGCAACGGCCACGCAGGACACAGGGUACUCCUCGGGUUAUCCGUCGACGGCGCAGAUGGUCGCGGAUGCCGCUGUUUACGCCCAACAGUACGAGGCGCAACAGCAAAUGGCCCAGCAGCAACAGCACCACCAUCACCAUGCGGAAGACGAGGAGCUCACGUUGGUCGAUCACAAGUUUACCCUGGACGUGGACAAGCUGAACAGAGACCUGGCCGAACGGGACCGGAAUCUUUACGAUGCGUUGGAAAGUUCCAAGUGGAUGCCGGUGGAGCAGCUGGAAAUUUUCUAAACUGAGUGUUGUGUGUGUAUGGGCACUUUUUGCGAGACUUUCUCUCGAUUUCUAUCAAUAAAUACACUUCAAACAUA